UUCGUUAUCGUUACAUCCCAACAUCAUUUUUCAUACUUACAAAUUGUCAAGACAAGUCGAGUCAAAAGUGUCAAUCAACUAGUUCAUAAACUGGCCCAGUUCAGUCAGUGUAGUAAUAAUCUAAAGAUCCAUGGUGUAGUUACUGUUCGCCCAGAUCGUACUGUCCACAGUUAGCAAAUCGUUGUAUUUAUUUGUGAGUAUUGAGUACUAUAUACCACCGGAUUACAUGAACUCAUAAAAGCUUUUGGAAAGCCGUAUUGGCAUCAGUACAAAAAUAAGUACGUAUUUUUAUUGCAGUGACUUAUUACUCAAAAUGUCAAAUGUCUGUGUUGAUCAUAUCCAAAUGUGGCUUGUUGGGAGAGUUCAACUCGGUGACUCAGUGUCGUCUCUCCGCUGUUAUCUGCACCACCAUGCUAUAACUUUCCCUUCUUCUCGUACAGCACGGAAGUGGGCUCGGCUCAUCAAUAACUAAAUAAUCGACUCAAAUACAUAAUUCAUUAUGCAUGCCAGCAAGAAGUCUCGUCGCACUUUGAGGCAUAUACACGCAUAUUUAUAUAUAUGCCCUCCUCGCAUGUACAUAAAUAAUACAUAGUGUCAGCCAAAACCUCUGUUUUUGAAGAGAGCGAGAGUUUUGAUACGUGGUUGGUUGUCAACCGGAGAGUGAAAAUGGUUAUCAUCGAACAUUUCAUGCGGUUGAACGGGCGUUUUCAUACCUGAUCGAUGCGCGAUGUUUUUCUGGUGAAAUGGACAUUAGUGGAAUUGGAAUGAGGGGAGGAGUGGAUUCAAUGCCCAGUUUUAAAAGAUUUGUACAGACAAGAAGAAUACCGUGCUACGGAUGGAAACUAUACCAACAUCAUGGGAGCACAGGUGUAUAAAAAGUAUAUAAAAAUCCUUUUAAUUCAAUCCAAUAUAAUAUCACCCAUGUCACGCCAGAAGAAUCCGCUCUUUUGUGUGUAGCUGCCCAAAACCACAUUUUUAGGUGGGAUCAUAUCUCAUAGUUGUGUGUAUCAAAGACCAAGAUGAAGGCUUAUUGCCAAUUUUUUGCCUGCCCAAACUCCUCCAUGCAGGUCCAAUUCACUGGCGUUGUUGUAAAUACAUAGUAGAACUUGAAGUGAAUCUGUUUGCUAGACUCUGCUUGGAUUGGAUAUGGGUCUAAGUGCAGAUGUACUACUGCCACGGGAUGAUGAUAGAUAAAGAGCUGGAUGGAUACAUAGGAAGAAGAUGAAUACAAUGCGAUGGUUGUGCUCCCCUCAUCUUGUGCACGUUUGUAUGUCCACAUGUACAUACAUUCAACGCGAAUGGUGAAGUUAGGUAAUGCCAUUGCACGUAAGAAUAAUAAGCAGUAACUCGUUGUCCGACAACGCUGCUGCUGCGUUGGAGUCAUUCGCCACUCGAACUGCAUGAAGCGUCGUUUCAUCCUCUCCUCUCUCGCACCAGUGAAACCGCAAGUUGAUCAGGUUUCGAAUUUGUUCAAGUCAGUGGUCGGAGGAAAGUUCAUGUUAAAUAUUGAUAUCCGUUUGUGCAGGGUGUUUUUGCAGUGCGUGUUAUUAUUUUUAUUUUUGCUCCGACAACUCCUGGGUUCAACAACUCGACGCUUGUGACUACUGCUCCUAAAAGUCGCACAAAACAGGACAUGAACACCGUUGUUAAUAACACUCGGCGUAUGUUUGCUCUACAUAAGUUUGCGUAUCCUUGCAAUUUGUAAGCACGGAGAGGUUUUGCUCCACUUGUUGUGAUGAAACGAUAAUUUGCUUCACUGAAGGAAAAGCUGCUGGAAUUAGAACUGCGUUGUUAUUUCAACAACUUUGAUAGAAAGUUCACUCGGGUGGAUUGAUGUGUUUUAUAUUUAUCGCAGUUUUGUUUACCAACAUCUCGCGUAUGGAGUGCAGCUUAUCUGACUUUAGUACAAAAUGACUUGAGCGAGCAUGCGGAGGAGACACGUAUUCAGCGCAAUUGACUUUUUUGGUGUAUUUUAUUAUCUCUCCAUUUAAAAAAGCGUCAACAAGUCGCAAUAUGAAACAGUGUUUUGUUUUUGCAUUGGCGUGAACUUUCAGGGUUCUCAUUGCGCGACAAGAAAUGCACUUUGUUCUCGCAGGCAAAACGUAAAAAAAUAUCCAAAUAUUAAGCGAGUGUAGUGUGGUGUCAAAAUAUAUGUAAGUGUGACUGGACCCUUAAUAACGCCCGCAUACAUAUUAUUAUCCCUGUUCUAUUUUUGUACAUCCACGUGGUGGCCUUGUGGUUUAACCCUUUUCAUUGCUCCCUCGUUUGUGAUUUUUUAUACUACUGCUCACAUCACUUAUCUGCUCCACACUUGCACCGUCGCCAAUCUUCCAACUAUCCAUUAGUGAAUAUCGUCCAAAAAAUAUCAGUGGUGACACAGUUCGAGAGUGAAACUUUUGAGGCGAAAUGGAGCACCUGUACCAGCCUGAGGAGGGGAUUUUCAGUGCGAAUUACGAGACCUUCAAGGAGUACUACACGAACCCCCACCUGACCCCGGCACACCAUCCUCCGAAGGGAACCAAGUUGUUGGACCACCUCAUUCCCGACGACGCCAACAACCUGAUUCACCCAACAAUGAGCAACGCCUCCCUCCCUCAAGCUCCCGGCAACUCUGCCCUCGACGCCUAUUUUCAUAUGAGUUGGAACGUUGUUCACAUGGCGAGCCAACAACCUCAUUGUGUUUGGCCGCUGCUGAACAUGAGCUACUGUUUGCUGAUUCUGCUGGGCCACUCGGUGCAGAGGAGGGUCUUUGGCGUCUUGCGAGCAUCCGAGCAGGACAACAUGAAGGAACAGUUUUGGAACUUGGUGUUCUACAAAGUCGUCUUCGUGUUUGGCGUCGUCAACGUGCAAGACGUGGAAGACGCGGUUGGCUGGUGUUUCUUCGUCUUUCUCAUCGGAUGUCUCCAACUCGCACGCCAACUCUGUCAGGAACGUCACAAUUAUUUGAUUCUAAUGAACGACUGGAGUCGUCGUGGGCAGUGUCGCCGACACCGGAUUCUUGGCCUCCUCUGCUUCAUCUUUGUGUCAUCCAUCCUCCUUUUCGUUGGAGUCGGUGGCUGGUACUUUUGCUACGCUUCAGGAGCAGGAAGCAAAGAGACAGACUCGCUGGACAUCAAACCCGUUUACUAUGGCCAUGGCUUCGCAACCACCACUUCAAGCAGCAGCAGCGGCGCCUCGGCUAGGUCGUCGCAAGAGUCGUCGUCGGCGUCGGCGUCGCCAGGCGCUCCCUUAGAUUUCAAUCUGGGCCUCCACAGUGUGAUCUUUAUGCUGUGCGAGCUCGGGCUGCUGGUCAUCCAGACUUUGCACGUCCUCAUCAUCUGCAUCUUUGAGCAAGUUCGGACGAAAUGGUACAAAGGGAAGCAAAUCAGUGACGAGACCUACUCCAACAUCAGCCACUCCAUCAACUUCAAAUUCGACUUGAUCUCCUUGCUCUUUGAUUUGGUUCAUCACGUGCACAUGUUGGUCUGUUGCAAUUUGUUCCUGUCGAUGACUUCCCUGGUCGUUUCACUGCAGAUGAGAAAUCGAGUUCGAAAGAUUCAUCGUGUCCUCAAGAAGCGCCAGUGCUACUUGUGGCUCACGGAACAUAUCGACAGCUACCCAGACGCUGUGUUUGGAGAUGCGAGCGGCUCGUCGUCGUCGCCAUCGUCAGAGGAGGAAAAAUGUGCCAUUUGUUGGGACACGCUAUCUAGUCAGAAGGCAAAGUCGUUGCCCUGUCACCACAUUUUCCACACCCCUUGCCUGCGACAGUGGCUCAUCGUGAGCAUGAACUGUCCCGCCUGCCGCCACUCCCUCGUCAACGAGAAGGAGCAGUUCCGACCGGCGGAGAGGACGACGCGGCGCCUCUAUGCGCCCAGACCCAUCGGAUUGUGGGGCUUCUUACAAACCGGACAAGCCCUUCUCGACUUGUUUGGAGGAUGGGACCCUCAGUACGACGACUAUUACGACAACCAAGAUUCACCGGCCACACCCGUCGUCCCAUUGUUGCCGCAUUAUGAGGAACCCCAUGAGUCGCCGCCGCCAUCGGAGGACGCACCACAGACCACAAUCACUUCAGAGUAGGGACGGAAGAGGAGCAUCAGACUCGAAGGACAAAUAAAAUUGGACUGACCAACAAAAAAUCAUCUUUUUCUUGCAACAUUUACAAUCACUGCUGUCUGCGCACAACUGCGUCGAGUACUUUAACAGAAUGGACUGAUGUGCAAUUUCAUGGAAUAAUAUUUUAAUAGCGCUCAACGAAACUAACCCAUCGGGAUGAGCAGUGAGUACUACCGGACAGAAGAGGGGUAUCCGUUUAAAAUAAAAGUAGUUUUAACCAAAUGGUUCAAUAUUGACAGUUAAUUAUUGCUAGCAAUACGUUCUUACUCGUACAACGUGUAGUUCUCGGAUGGUUACUUAAAAUGUAUUCGACGUGACGUGUGUGUAAAUAGGUAACACUCACAAAAAAAUAGGGGUUAGUACGACGUGUGAUAUUUUGAGGGGAAUAUGUUUAAUCCGCCAAUCAAGACUGUCAAAUAUUUGUAAAAAAAACUUUUUAAAAAACGAACCGAGAUUUUUAUCGCAUGCCGAAUCGAAAAUCAAGUCGUGAUUGCAUUUACCGCACAUAAUGUGUAUAUACUUAUGUAUAUUUAUCGUAUGUAUGUAUUACGAGUAUUAGAAUUCAGCGCAAGGCUCAAUAAAUGUUGAAUAGUUUUAUCAUUUUGUAAACUA